AAUCUAAACUUCCUGCAUUUUGUUUGUGAAUCAAUAAUACACCGACAUUUACUCAAGAUGGAUUUAAGCUUGGACGAACUAAUCAAAAGCAAACGGUCAACGUCUCGCGGUGGACGUCGUGGCGGCGGAAGACAAGGCAGCUCUAGAGGUGGUGGUAUCAGACGCGGUGGUGGAGGAUCGAAUUUCCGAUCAAAUGGUGCGACCGGCGGUGGCGGAGGCCCAAUGCGUAGAGGCAGACCAAUGGCCAGGCGUUCAAAUGGAUUCAGUCCUUAUUCUAAGGGUGAUGUUAAUGGUUCUUGGACUCGCGAUAUGUAUGAAGGACCUAAAAUACAACAAAGGAGUGGUGGUUUAUUUACUACCAAUAUUCAUAAGAUAGUCAUAUCAAAUUUAGAUUUUGGAGUCACAUCAGAAGAUAUACAGGAAAUUUUUGAUGAAUUUGGGUCUUUAAAAACUGCUACAGUUCACUAUGAUAGAUCAGGUAGAUCAUUAGGAACAGCAGAUAUUGUUUUUGAUAGUAAGAAUGCUGCAUUAAAAGCAGUUCGUCAAUAUAACAACGUUCCUUUGGAUGGACGUCCUAUGAAGAUUGAACUCGUCACAGACUUAUCUACAGUUUCCAAUCUUGCUACACGUCUGAGUAGACCCGUCCAAUUGCCAGUCCGAGGUACUCAUGGUGGAGUUAGAAGUAACCGAGGUAAUUAUAGAGGGGGUCGUGGUAAUAGUCGUGGCAACACCAGAGGACGAGAUGGAGGUAGUGGCAGAGGUGGUAGGAAUAAUGAAAAAAAGAUGCCAAAUAAAGAUGAACUAGAUGAACAACUCGAUAAUUUUAUGAAGAGCAAGAAUAAUUAA